AUGGCGCAGGCAUCGAAUCCUACCUUCAUCAACCUCCCUCCUCCUGCCUCCAAUCCGGACACACCGUCUGAGAUGCCCGGUACCCCCACGAGCACCACGACGUCUUUGUCUGCCCUCUCAACCACCGCUAUCAAGGAUGGACAUCGUGGUCACCUUCCCCAGGGCCCUACCGGCCGCGGCCACGCCCACCACCCGUCCACCACAAGCCUCGAGGCAGAACGUGCCGAUCGCAUCUCCCGUCUCGCCGGCCUAGAGCGAGUCUCGACCCUGCGUGCCCCGCCGCACCACCAGAACGCCGGCUCCUCCCUCUCCCCCCAGACUACCCCCACCUCCACCACUGGCUUCCCCCCCAACUUCCCGCCGCACCAACAACUCACCCCGGCCUAUUUCGACGCCCAUGGCCAGCCCACCGCGGUCACUAAGAUGAGCACUGUCGGUACCGCUAGCGCCACCGAGAGCUAUGUCGGCGACGAUAAUGAAACCCGCACUGCGCCCGGCGAGCAGGACGAGGAUAUGCUCAGCAUGGAUACCAACUACCGCGAGGCCGGCUCCGUCACCAGUAUGGGAGCUGAGCCCGAGCAGAUGGAUGAGUACAUGGCUACGAGGUCCAAUGGCGGUUUCGACGACCGAAUGAGCGACGAUGGGUCCGCCAGUCUUGUCGGCUUCGGCGAGGGCGCCAACAGCACGGUGUCCGGCCCCAUUUACCAACGCCGGCCUCUUCCUGGCGUUAGCGGCCAGGUCGGUGUGUGGGGCCUCGAAAGAAGCGCUUCCGGACUGAGCGACGGCAUCCCGACGCAGCGGAAUCGUGACGUGACCAUGGGCGGAGAUACCCCGGUCAGUGCAGCCGCCUUGCAGGAACGACGGGACGCGCGCAUGAUGGACGGCAUGACCACGGACGGCGCGGGCGUCCCUGACGAGGAGAUGUUUGUCGACACCACGAAUAAGCCGCCGGUCGCCGCCUCGCAGCUUUCGCAGCAGACACCUACCGCUCGGGAUACGGCUGAGCGCAUGAUCCGGGAACGGCUUGACGGAGGUGAGGCGCGGGUAGGCAACGCGGCGUUGGGGAGUCCUCAGGGGGGAGAGCGUCUGGGCAAGUUUUACUUUGAGGAGCGGAAAUAG